AGCGGCCCCACAGCAGCCCCAUAGCGGCCCCACAGCGACCCCACUGAGAGCAGCGCUAUGGCCCCCAAGAAGGCGAAGCGCCGCGCAGCCGAGGGCUCCUCCAAUGUCUUCUCUAUGUUCGACCAGACCCAGAUCCAGGAGUUCAAAGAGGCGUUCACGGUGAUCGAUCAGAACCGCGAUGGCAUCAUUGAUAAGGACGACCUGCGGGAGACCUUCGCCGCCAUGGGGCGCCUGAACGUGAAGAACGAGGAGUUGGACGCCAUGAUCAAGGAGGCGAGCGGCCCCAUUAACUUCACCGUCUUCCUCACCAUGUUUGGGGAGAAGCUCAAGGGCGCUGACCCCGAAGACGUCAUCAUGGGGGCCUUCAAAGUGCUCGACCCCGAUGGGAAGGGAUCCAUCAAGAAGAGCUUCCUGGAGGAGCUGCUGACCACACAGUGCGACCGCUUCACCCCCGAGGAGAUCAAGAACAUGUGGGCCGCCUUCCCCCCCGACGUGGCGGGCAACGUGGACUAUAAGAACAUCUGCUACGUCAUCACCCACGGGGAGGACAAAGAGGGGGAGUGACCCCAAAACCGGGACCCCCCCCCCCCCCCAUAUGGGACCCCCCGUGGGACCCCUAUGGGACCCCUUAUGGGAUCCUUCUGGGACCCCUUAUGGGAUCCUUUUGGGACCCCCCCCCCCCCCCCCGGCUGUCCCAAUAAAGCGAUGCUUUUCCAGA